CCUCCUCCUCCUCCUCCUCGCCAUAUUUCAAUUUCUGCAACACCCACUUUGGACAGCCCAUCUUCACUUGUCAAGGAUAAGCAUAUUCAAAUAUGCUUCAGCAGGAGGGACUUCUGCUAAGAUCAUCUUUCCUUCUAAAUAUCUUUGCUGGGUUUGUGCUACAUUCUCUUGCCGUUUCAGAGAUUCCUUUAGGUUCGAAACUCUCUGUAGUAGGCAAAAACAUCUGGGUCUCUCCGAAUGGUGAUUUCGCAUUCGGAUUUUUUAACCGCACAGAUGAGCCUAACUAUAGUGUUGGGAUCCACUUCAAUUCAAAGUCUAUUCCACUUGGAAAACAAACUCUGGUGUGGACUGCUGGUGCAAAUAUCGUGGUUGGUGAAAAGUCUUAUGCCCAGUUGACCCAGGAUGGUGAAUUAGUAAUAAUUGAUUCUUUGAAGGGAGUUGCAGUAUGGAGCAGCAGAACUAGCCAAUUAUCAGUUGUUUCAGCUGCUCUUCAUGAUAAUGGAAAUCUUGUCCUGUUGAAUGAAGAGAAACAUAUUGUAUGGCAGAGUUUUAAUACCCCCUCUGACACACUUCUUCCCGGACAGAACUUCUCUAGGUCGCAGAUGCUUCGAGCUGCAAGCAAGAAUCUUGUGUCUGAUUAUAUGUCUAGUUACUACACUCUUUUCAUGAAUGGGGAUGGUCAGUUGCAACUCAGAUGGGAAAGUCAUUUUGUGUAUUGGACUAGUGGAAGUGCUCCUAGUUCAAAUAUUACCGCUUUCCUCACCUCUGAGGGAGCCCUACAACUCUGUGACCAAAAUUUGAACCCUGUGUGGUCAAUGUUCGGGGAAGAUUACAAUGACUCUGUAAGUUACCGGUUUCUUAGGCUAGAUGUUGAUGGUAAUCUACGUUUGUACUCAUGGGAUGAAGCUUCAAUGACAUGGAGAGCAGUCUGGCAAGCUGUUGAGAACCAGUGUAAUGUCUUUGCUACUUGUGGCCAACGUGGCAUAUGUUUCCUUACCGAGUCUGGGUCACCUGAUUGUAAAUGCCCUUUUAAUCCUGUGAAUGGCUCCACAGAAAAAUGCUUGAUAGCAUCUCAGCGAUGUAAAUCUGGUUCUAGCUUGUUUAGUUAUAAGCAUACUGUCCUAUACGGAAUGUACAACUCUACUGAUGAUUUAGUUGUACGAACCAGUUUACAGCAAUGUAGAAGCUUGUGUCUCAGGGACCCACUUUGUACAGCUGCAACCUUCUCAAAUGAUGGAACAACAAACUGUUUAAUGAAGAGAAAACAGUAUGUUACUGGCUAUUCGGACCCCUCACUAAGUUCAGUAUCUUUUGUGAAGGUGUGUGCAGACCCAUUAGCUGUAAAUCCAAAUCCUAAUCUCUCCUUGUCUUCCCCUUCGGCACAGAAGUUUUGCCUUCCUUGUCUCAUUGGAGCAGCCUCCGUUGCUGUAUUUCUUUUAUUUCAAUUGGCGCUUGGUUUCUGGUUUUACAGAAGAAGGAAAAGAAGAAGGAUUUUGGUCAGGAAAAAAGCCAGUUUUGCUCAUACCAGCUCGAAUUCAAAUGGCUUGAUUAUGUUAUCCUUUUCCGAAAUAGAGGACUUUACAGAAAACUUUAAGCAUCAGAUUGGACAAGAGAUGUUCAAAGCUGUUCUUCCGGAGAAAGAACCAGUUGCAAUAAAAAAGAUGAAUGUAUCUGCUGAAGAAAGAAAAUACCGGUCUGCAGUUUCAAUGAUAGGUGGCAUUCAUCACAAAAACCUCGUAAAGUUGCAGGGUUAUUGUUGUGAGUUGAAUCACAGAUUUCUGAUCUAUGAAUAUGUCAAAAAUGGUUCAGUGGAGAAACAUAUAGAAGACCAUAAACUGUGUAAGAGGCUGACUUGGGGAAAGAGAGUUGAUAUAUGCUUAGGCGUGGCAAGAGCCAUCAGUUAUCUACACACGAGCUGCAGGAAAUGCAUCAUUCAUGGGAACUUGAGAUGCAAGGAUGUGUUAUUAGAUGAAAAUUUAGAAGCCAAGGUUACUGGAUUCGGGCUUGGGGCGAUCAUUGGGAAUGAAUCAAGCUCUUCAGCAAUGAAAGAUGUAGAAGACUUUGGUAGGAUGGUGUUGGUGUUGGUAAGUGGGUGUAGAGAAGUUGGUGACCUCUGUGAGUGGGCAUACAAAGAGUGGUCAGAUGGGCAUCCGGAGAAUGUAGUUGAUAGAAGACUGGGUGGUAUGCAUAUAUCUCAAGAGCUCGAGCGUGUAUUAAGAAUUGCAUUUUGGUGUCUCCAAAUUGAUGAAUUUCAAAGACCUUCAAUGACCGAGGUGGUUAUGGUGUUAGAAGGCACAUCAAGUGUUGACCCCCCACCACCUCCUUUUGCUUGAUAAGUUGAUAUUGAAUGACCACUGAUAGAGCCACAGUCCAGACUAUCUUGAAGAAGCUUUUAUAUCUUAAGAAGUUUGAACUGUGACUAACAGUGACAAAUCCAGGUUUUCUUAGGACAACUAUCCAUCUCCCACUUGGCCGUUCACCAUCAUGAAUUGUGGUUGACUGAUUGUGUCGUAAGUCAUGACUUCAGAGUUUCCGCUGUUGACCGUAAAUGUAGUUUUUCAAUUUUUCUCUACAUUAUUCCAGGUUUUAGUGAGUUUGAUGAGAAAUCCUAUUUCCUACAUGGAGGUUAAUCUUAUGCAUUCUUAGUGAGUUUGAUGGGUUGUGAUUUGCUGGUGAUUAAUCUGUACUGAUUCUUCUUUUUUACUUAUCUCUUGAAAUACAGAGAUUAGAAGUUCUACUGUUCUAUUGCAUCCGAGUCUAUAACUAAGAAAGUAGAUGCGAGG